AUGAGCGAGAGGCAGGAAGAGCAGGAUGAAGACGCGCCGGAGAUCGUGUCGGAGUUCCCAGCGCCGCCAAAGUUCUUCGUUUUGUAUGCAGAGGGACAAGAGAGUGGUCCGGCACCUCCCGAACCCAUGAGUCCGACGUACCACAUGUUCGGGUCGCCGUACAGCACGCAGGACGUGGUGCCUGAUCUGCUCCAGCCUGGAAAGAGAGUGUAUGCGACCGAGAGCGAGGACGGUGGAGCUGCUGCUGUAGUGGACUACAAGGCGGAGAUGAAGAAGAUCAACCGCUCGCUGCUUGCCAACUUUGUCGAGCUCGUCGAUAUUCUGAUCAAGAAACCGGCGCUGUUUAAUGAGAAGCUGGACGAGGUGGAGCUUCUGUUUCUCAACAUGCACAACCUCAUUAACGCUUUCCGGCCGCACCAAGCGCGCGAAACUGUAAUACAGAUGCUUGAGAUGCAAGUCCAAGAAAGGCGAGAGGCUGCACGUGAUAUCCGCCGCACGAUCGACGAGUCGAGACAAGCAGUCGAGCGCGUGCACGGUGAGCUGCAUGAGUCGACGGACGACCAGGAAGCAGUGGACGGAGCUUGUACUGCUGGAGCUAGUGGUGAUGUCAAGAUGGAGAAUGCGGACGAAGUGGCGGAAAUGGGCAAUGGAAGUGAUGCACAUCAUACAAGUGGAGCCGCCAGCGCUGUGGCACUGACGCCUGCGCAACAGGAACAAGCACAGAAAGCUCGCGAGGCGCGUCAAAUGCAGGAACAGUUUUUCUCAGCGCUUGAGGCUGUGAUGAGCUGA